GUAGCACUCUUUACUAAAAAUAGCUUUAGACAAGGCAUUGGAAAUAUCUUCUCCCAAUUUCCAAGAUUGAUAGCACAUGACUUCCCAUUUUUCAUAUGUCCUAAGGUUGGUGUGUUAAAGAGAGCAUAUAUGGAAUCCUCUUCAAUCUUUCGUUUGGCUUUCAUCUUGUCCAUUGUUAUUUUCCUUCUUACACAUUCAUGGUUUCAUCUAUACAAAACAAGCUUGUUUUUGAGCUCCAAGACUAAUUUUCCACCAACUUUUAAGACUAGGAAAACCAAGUUUGAUUCAGUUUUAGAAACACCAAUUUUCAAAGUCAAGAACACUUUUAAUAGUAGCCCAUCAUACCCUUUAGAUCCACUAACUAUUCAAGAAAUCAACAAAGCCCAAAUCAUUAUUUCUUCUUAUAAGCCUUUCUUAGGUUCUUUCCCUUCUAUUCGUUCUUUAUCACUAGAUGAGCCUGAAAAAAUUCAAAUCUUAAAUUGGAAGUAUGGUGACCCUCUUCCUCCUAGAAGAGCAUUUGUUAUUGCAUGGGCCAAUAGCCAAGUUCACUUGCUCAUUGUGGACUUGAACUUGGGCCAAGUUAUAAGUCAUGUACAAAAUCCGGGUUCGGGCUAUCCACCGAUAUCCAUUGAUGAUGUUCGGGUUGCUAUACGGGCCACAUUGUCCAAUGAAGAAUUCAAUAAAUCUAUUGUCGCGAGAGGAGUUAAUUUUUCGGAUUUGGUUUGUACUACGCCAUCUUCGGGCUGGUUUGGGCCCGAAGAAGAAGGUAAAAGGAUCAUGAAAGUUAGAUGUUAUUCGAGCCAAGGUACUCCUAGUUUCUAUAUGAGGCCCAUUGAAGGUCUCAUAGUAACUGUUGACAUUGAUAAAGGUGAAGUGAUCAAAAUUUUGGACACAAGUCCAAAAAUUCCAAUUCCAAAUGGUGAGAACACGGACUACAGAUAUAUGUCACAAGACAAGCCUCCAGAAAUGAAACCACUAAAUCCAAUCUCCAUAGAACAGCCCAAAGGCCCAAGUUUUACGAUCGAAAAUGGACAUAAUGUUAAAUGGGCCAAUUGGGAUUUUCACCUAAAGGCGGAUCAACGAGCUGGAAUAAUCAUAUCUAGAGCUCGAAUUCGAGACUCAGAGACUGGUGAACCAAGAAGUGUAAUGUACAAAGGAUUUGCUUCAGAAUUAUUUGUGCCAUACAUGGAUAUUGAUGAAAAUUGGUACUUUAGAUCAUAUAUGGAUGCUGGUGAAUUUGGGCUUGGGGCAACAGCGAUGUCACUUGUGCCACUUAAUGAUUGUCCAAGAUAUUCCUAUUUUAUGAAUGGGCUUUUUGUUACUGCUGAUGGAAAGCCAUUUGUUCAGCCCAAUAUUAUUUGUGUGUUUGAGAGAUAUGCUGGUCAUAUUAGUUGGAGACAUUCUGAUCUUCCCAUUCAUGGUUUUGAGGAGCGAAUAAGAGAAUCAAGACCAAAGGUGACCCUCGUGGCUCGAAUGGCUGCAUCGGUUGGAAACUAUGACUAUAUUUUCGACUGGGAAUUUCAAACUGAUGGUUUAAUUCGUGUUACGGUUGGCUUAUCUGGAAUGCUAAUGGUAAAAGGGACUCUACAAAAUAGCACAAAUGAAGAUGACAUAUUUGGCCCAUUAGUUUCAGAGAAUGUAAUUGGUGUGGCCCAUGAUCAUUUCAUCACAUUUCAUUUGGAUAUGGACAUAGAUGGCCCAAUUAACUCCUUUGUCAAGGUUGAUCUUGUGAAAGAAGAAAAUCCAUCAGCAAAAACACCAAGAAAAAGUUAUUGGAAAGCUAAAAGAAAAGUAAUUGAGAAAGAAAAAGAUGCUCAAAUUAAGCUUAAGCUUUAUGAGCCAUCUGAAUUUCAUUUCAUUAAUCCUUUGAGGAAAUCAAGAAUAGGAAAUCCAACAGGGUACAAGAUUGUUCCAAAGGGUAAUGCAGCUAGUUUACUUGAUCUUGAUGAUCCACCUCAAAUUAGAAGUGCUUUCACCAACAACCAGGUAUGGGUAACUCCAUACAACAAAUCUGAACAAUGGGCUGGUGGGCUGUUAGUUUAUCAGAGCAAAGGAGAAGACACACUUGCUGUUUGGUCCAACAGAAAUCGUGAAAUCAAAGAGAAGGACAUUGUACUGUGGUAUACGUUAGGAUUUCAUCACGUACCAUGUCAAGAAGAUUUUCCAGUUAUGCCAACUGUUACCUCUAGCUUUGAUUUGAAGCCUCUCAAUUUCUUUGAAAGGAAUCCAAUACUUAGGGCCAGGCCCAAUUUUGAUAAAGACUUACCUGUUUGUCGGUCCACUGAUUUAAAUUGAUUUCCCGUUCGCUCUUUAUUUUUUAUUUUUUAAUUAAGUUACAAAUUCUUUUGCAAUUUCUAGACCAUCCCAUU